AGUGCCGACCAGCGAGCGGACGGUUCAGUCUUCAGUGUAUCGCGCCCGCGGAAAGAUCUACCGUUCGCGAACGUGUCGCGAGGAAAGGAAAGUACACACAGAUAGCGCAAUCCGGUCGGUCGGACCCCACUCAACAACCACUUGCGGAUUCAACGCCAUCAUCGCUGGUGCGCUUACCUGUUGCCUGUUGGGAAAGAAAGAAAGAAAACGAGGACACUGCCUCCAGGGAGCAAGACGCGCCACAGUCUAAUUCCUCUCCACAAAGGGACUGUACACUGUAGUUGGGGGGUAAAUUGUUAGUUGGUGGUGCAAGGUUGCGUGUGUUUUGUUGGACUGUUUGUCUAGAGUUUUGUGAAAAUGUGUGGAAUUUUCGCGUACCUCAACUUCCUCACGCCGAAGUCGCGCCGCGAGGUGCUGGAGCUGCUGCUCAACGGACUGAAGCGGCUCGAGUACCGUGGCUACGAUUCGGCCGGUGUCGCCGUGGACGGGAUUGCGGCCGACGCCGGCAUCCUGCUGUUCAAGCGCACCGGCAAGGUGAAGGUGCUGGAGGACGCGAUCCGCGAGGCGGCCAAAGAGAUCGACUUCAGCGAGUCGUGCGACACGCACGUCGGCAUUGCGCACACCCGUUGGGCCACGCACGGUGCGCCGAGUGAGCUGAACUCGCACCCGCAGCGGUCGGACGACGCGAACGCGUUCGUCGUGGUGCACAACGGCAUCGUGACCAACUAUAAGGACAUCAAGAAGUUCCUCGAGCUGCGUGGCUACUCGUUCGAGUCGGACACCGACACGGAGACGAUCGCGAAGCUCGUCCACCACCUGUGGAAGCAGCAUCCGAACUACUCGUUCCGCGAGCUGGUCGAGCAGGUGAUCCAGCAGCUGGAGGGUGCGUUUGCGCUCGCCUUCAAGUCGAAGCACUUCCCGGGCGAGUGCGUGGUGACCCGUCGCGGUUCUCCGCUUCUAGUCGGCAUCAAGGCGAAGACCAGCCUGGCCACGAACCAUGUGCCGAUCCUGUACGGGAAGGGGCCGCGCCACGGCUCGCUCGGCAAUGUGCAGGUCGAACCGACCCCGGACAACACGGCCGACUUCAUCAACCCGGGCGAGGAGGUGGAGUACUUCUUCGCGUCGGACGCGUCGGCCGUGAUCGAGCACACGAACCGCGUCAUCUACCUGGAGGAUGACGAUGUGGCCGCCGUGAAGGAUGGCGCACUCGGCAUCCAUCGGCUGAAGAAGAGCCUGGACGAUCCGCACGCGCGUGAAAUCACCACGCUCAAGAUGGAGAUCCAGCAGAUCAUGAAGGGCAACUAUCGGUACUUCAUGCAGAAGGAAAUCUUCGAGCAACCCGAGUCGGUGGUCAACACCAUGCGGGGGCGCGUGAACUUCGACAGCAUGAAGGUGACGCUGGGUGGCAUCAAGGACUACAUCCCGGAGAUCAAGCGCUGCCGGCGGCUGAUGCUGAUCGCGUGCGGUACCUCCUACCACAGUGCGGUGGCCACCCGCCAGCUGCUCGAGGAGCUGACCGAGCUGCCGGUGAUGGUGGAGCUGGCGUCCGACUUUCUCGAUCGCAACACACCCAUUUACCGGGACGACGUGUGCUUCUUCAUCUCGCAGUCGGGCGAAACGGCCGACACGCUGAUGGCGCUGCGGUACUGCAAGCAACGAGGCGCCCUGAUCGUCGGAAUCACCAACACGGUCGGUAGUUCGAUCUGUCGCGAGUCGCACUGCGGUGUGCACGUGAACGCCGGGCCCGAGAUUGGCGUCGCGUCCACCAAGGCGUACACCUCGCAGUUCAUCUCGCUGGUCAUGUUCGCGCUGGUGAUGAGUGAGGACCGGCUGUCGCUUCAGUCCCGCCGGCUGGAGAUCAUCGAGGGCCUGCGCAAUCUGGACGCGCACAUCAAGCAGGUUCUGCAGCUCGACCAGAAGGUGCUGGAGAUCGCGCAGGACCUGUACCAGCAGAAGUCGCUGCUGAUCAUGGGCCGCGGGUUCAACUUUGCCACCUGCAUGGAGGGUGCGCUGAAGGUGAAGGAGCUGACGUACAUGCACAGCGAGGGCAUCAUGGCGGGUGAGCUGAAGCACGGCCCGCUCGCGCUGGUCGACGACACCAUGCCGAUCGUGAUGAUCAUCAUGCGCGACCCGGUCCACAUGAAGUGCAUGAACGCGCUGCAGCAGGUGACGGCCCGCGAGGGUCGCCCGAUCAUCAUCUGCGAGGAGGGCGACAGCGAGACGAUGGCGUUCGCGUCGAAGGCGCUCGAGAUCCCGCGCACCGUCGACUGCCUGCAGGGCGUCCUCACCGUCAUCCCGAUGCAGCUGCUCUCCUACCACAUUGCCGUCCUGCGCGGCUGCAACGUGGACUGUCCGCGAAAUCUCGCCAAAUCGGUUACGGUCGAGUAGGAAUGUGCACUACCUGCCGAAAGGGUGUUGUCCAGUCCAGUGUCAUGUGAUUGUGCGUGUCCGUUAUCGUGUGUCACUAGAGGAGGAAGAACUAUAUCUACAUUUUAUGUUUUCCCCAAUCCCCCGCUACCCUUUUUAUAUCCAUUCGAACGCGCCCGAUCGUGUACCCGGCGUUACGGUCCAUGGCACGUUGCUGUCUUCUUUUUAAAUAUUAAUUUGUAUGCAACUUUAUCACGCGUAUCAAUUUAAACGCAAUGCGUGAGUAGAAUAAGUCAGCGUAAGCGCGAAGGAACACUAUACUACUGGAUGCAGUAGGCCCCUGCUUU